CUUCUCUCUUCUUCUUUUUCUCCCUCUUUUGCUGCUCUCUUUUCUGUUCUUCUAGUGCUGCCCUGUUCUCAUCCUGUCGUCCAAUAUGUGUCCAGCAUCGCAGAGUGAAGAAGGAUUGCAUCUUCCUCCUAUAUCCGUGAUCGAUGAUUUCCUGCCCGCCCGUUCCUGGCAGCCACAGAUACCACCACCACCAUCACCAUCACCACAGCCGCCGUUACCGUCAAUACCACAGCAACACCCACAGCAACCAUCGCCGUGGUUACCCCUCUCUCAUAACACGCCCUUCCAACCCGUCAUCACACCAGCGUCUUCCAGCAGUCGUUCUUCGCCACCAUCCACAUCGUCAUCGUCCUCCACACCCGUCGCCCGCUCCAGAUUUAGCCCUCCCGUUUACCACGACGUUGAUCAAAUCAUCGAGCAUUGCCACUACUUGUGCAAAAGUAUUGGCCAGCGCAGAAGCCAGUGGACGGAUGACGACGAUCCAAAGCCAUGGUUGGAUGACAUGAUUGGUCGGGCGAAUGAGGUGCUUAAUGCAUUAUUGCGGCUGAGGAAACAGCAAACUGCACGACCACAGUUGGAGCAUCCUAUUCGGUCCGAUAGGCCUACCACAACAGUAUCAUCGCCCCCAACAACGACUGCAGCUUGGCAUACAGGAACUUUGUCUCUAACCAAAUUACGGCAACGACGACGCGGUAAAAGUGCAACGUUCCAAGGACGAUGUCAUUCAUGUAAUAUUUCGGAAACACCAGAAUGGCGAAGAGGCCCAGAUGGUGCUCGGACGCUUUGCAAUGCAUGCGGGUUACAUUAUGCAAAGCUGACGAGGAAAAAGGCACAGCUAGAACAACAACAACAGCAACAACAGCAGCAGCAGCAGCGGCAACAACAACAACAAGAGCAAUCACAACCACAACCAACAAUCCCACACCAUCACCAUCACCAUCAUCACAACAUGUCCUCAUCAUACCGAUGAGAAUCAUCUCUUAUUAGUAACCAUCGUUGUCCUUAUGCCUUGUUCUUCCGCAAUCAAUCUUUUUCCUCAUAAGCCAUACAAUACAAGCACACACAUACACAUACACACACCGUAUCAAGAUCAUACAGACCUCUUAUUCAUUGUCGUUCUUCUUUUUUUUUCACAUUACGCGUUGCCGUUGCGCACAAAAUAAAGACAUGUGAGCUGCGUAAUGUGCAGCAUCAGAGCCAGA